AUGAAGCUCACAGCGACGAUCCUGGCUCUCAACCUCCCCUCCCUGGGUCUGGCCUCGGUCUAUAAUUACUGGGCAUUCUUAAAGAAACCUUCGGCUGGACUGAGCGAUCAGUUCGGCUUUAACGGGGUUGAUGUUGGGUACACCGGCCUUCAGCUGUGUCCCGACAGCCGACGUAGACAGGUCGUUCAUGCAGCCUUUUCCUCAUUCCAGAAUGGAACGACUACCAAGCAUAAGAACUGUCAUUCAGGAGCUGAUGGCAGCCUCGGAGUUAGGUGCGCUCUUGACAUUUUCGGUGACUAUUCUCACUUCUACAACAUUACCGUGAAGAAUACUGGCGGCACAACCUGGAGAGGAACUCUUAUCGACACAGUCACUGGAAAGUCUGAUGUAAUCGGCGAGUGGAUGCUUCCAUCUUCCGCAGGCAAAAUGCUGAAUGGACGAGUCGGCUUUUUUGAGUACUACAACUGGAGCGAUGGUACAACCAAUCACGAUUGUUCUAAGCAGCCCUUCAGUAGUCAAGUGUUCUUCGGCAACCCCACCUCAAAGACAAAAGGAGCUAGUGGUGGCAAAAUCAUCCUCAUUUACGAGGCCAGCGAAUGCGUCAAAGAAGCUCAACCUGAAGGCCACUCAGACUGGCAAGGGAUAUCAGAUUCAGGCUGGUUUCAAGAAGGAAUUUUUAUUGGUUCACCCGGCUUUUCCACUUAG